GCGUGUCUCCGGGUCAUGCAUAUAAUAGCGCGUCGAGCAGCGGCAGGCUUCGGCUUUCCGCCUCUCCUCAUCUCCUCAGUGCGCACCAGCAAACACACCGGCUGCCGCGGGCUCCCCACCAUGGCCGAGCGCUCCCAACAACCACAGCUGUUCAACCAGCCUAAGAUCGAGCUUCAUGUUCAUCUUGAUGGCGCCAUCAGGGUGGAGACCAUUUUUGAUGUUGCAAAGAGACGACGCAUCGAUCUGAGAGUAAACUCAUCCGAGGAGCUGAAAGAGAAGAUCAUCCUUCGCGAGCCUGCGACUCUCACGGGAUUCUUGGAAAAAUUCAAUGAGUACAUGCACGUGAUAGCUGGUGACAGGGAAGCCAUAAAGAGGAUCGCCUAUGAGUUCAUAGAGGAUAAAGCCAAGGAAGGAGUCAUUUACGUUGAAGUCAGAUACAGCCCACAUUUACUAGCCAACAGUAAUGUGGAACCUAUUCCUUGGAACCAGAAUAGAGGAGACUUGACUCCAGAUGAGGUGGUGCGUUUGGUAAACGAGGGCCUCAGCGAGGGGGAGAGGGCCUUCAAUAUCAAAGCCAGGUCCAUUCUAUGCUGCAUGCGCCACAUGCCAAGCUGGUCCAUGGAUGUCGUGGAGUUGUGUAAUAGGUAUCGAAACGAAGGGGUGGUGGCCAUCGACCUGGCAGGUGACGAGUCCCUGGACUGUUGUGCCUACCCAGAACACAAGCAGGCCUACGAGGAGGCGGCUCGUCGUGGGAUACACCGCACGGUGCACGCAGGAGAGGUGGGCCCACCGUCGGCGGUGAGGGAGGCUGUGGAAGUGCUGAAAGCUGAGCGGGUGGGACACGGCUACAGAACACUGGAGGACCAAACUCUGUACCGACAACUGUUAGAUCAAAAUAUGCACUUUGAGAUGUGUCCUCUUUCCAGUAGGCUGACAGGUGCCUGCAACGCAGACUUUACCGUACACCCCAUCAUCACCUUCAGAAACGACCAGGCCAACUACUCCCUGAACACAGACGACCCUCUGAUCUUCAACUCCGACCUGCUGCUCGAUUACAGCAUCGUGCACGAACACAUGGGAUUCACAGAAAAGGAAUUCAAACGGCUGGUGAGAUCAAACGUUUAUUAAUGACAGCAUUUCAAA